AUGAUAAGACAACCAUGCACUUUUAAGUUAUUAGUUGAAGAGCAGGGUACAUUUGUGAAAAUACCAGAAGCUGUAAUAGGAAAGGUUGUUGUACGAUUUACCCUAGAAGCUGGUGGGUUAGUAUAUUUUUACAUAAUUUUUUGAUUUAUUAUUAUUAGAUCAAAUUAACAGGUAUGCAUGUGUAUGCAAUUAAAAUAAAAAUAUUUUAAUUAUUCAUAGUUAGUAAAUUUUAUCAAUAUAUAAUCUAUAUUUCAGAUAUUUACAUAUUGGUCAUGCCAAGACAGCUCUAUUAAACGCAUAUUAUCAAGAGUCUUUUAUGGGUAAAUUCAUAAUGCGUUUUGAUGAUAGCAAUCCUGAAAAAGCUAUCGGUUAUGAAAAGGUAAAAUAAUUUAUCACUCGUUUACACUUAAAUAUUGGAUAUUGAAAAUUAUAGUUCUUUUGUAAAAGUGUUAUAAAAUACAAUUUUAAAUCAUAAUACCUAUAUGGUAUUUAUAAAUGUUUUGUUUUGAAUUUGUUGUUCUAGAUCAUACUAGAAGAUAUUAAUAUGUUAACAAUUAAACCUAACAAGGUUACAUAUACUUCAAAUUAUUUUCGCAAAAUAAUAGUUAUGUGUGAAAGUUUAAUAAAAAGUGGACAUGCCUUUGUAGAUUAUGCAGAUAAGGAAAACAUACGUUUGGAGCGUGAACAAAAAAUUGAAUCUAUUAAUCGCAAUAAUUGUAAGAGUUCUAAAUUUCUAAAUUUAUUGUUUAUAGACAAGAAAACCAUUUUACUUUAUUAGUUACAAAUAAAACAUUAAGAACCAACUGAAACAGUUUGAAUUUAUAAAAACUUUUAUUUCUUUGUGUUUUAGCGAUUAAAAAAAAUGUUGAGCUAUGGGAUCAAAUGAAAUUAGGUUCAGAGAUUGGUCAAAUGUAUUGUGUUCGAGCAAAAAUUGAUAUGUCGUCUGUAAACUUUUGUAUGCGUGAUCCUAUUAUUUACCGCUGUAAUUCUAAACUACAUUUUAGAACAGCUGAUAAUUACAAGUAAGUAAAUAAAUUAUUAAUAGGUACAUAGGCUUUUAAUUAUUAAUAAUUGAAAAAAUAAAUAAAUAUUUUACCUCAUUAAUAUCCACUCAGAGUGACCAAACACAAUUCAUUCAAAUUUUUUUUUUUUUUGAUCGUAUAUCUUUAUAUUUUAUUCGUACAGGUAUUUUAAGAACAGCGUUUUUAGGUGAAUAACGCAAUUUAUAAGCUUUUUAUUUUUUUUACAGUUUGUUUAUCUUGAUAAAAAAUGAAAAGAAGGUAAAUUAUCAGAACGUAAUAUAUAGAGAAAAAGAUCAUACUGUUAAUAAGAAUAAAUCAAUACUGACAGUUAUUAUUAGUGAAACACAAAAGAUUGCAUACAGAAUAAAUUUUUCAACAGCAAUUUCCGGUUGAUUUAUUAAUAUUUAGUAAACUUUUAUGAUUUACAACUAAUAACUUUGUCAAUAUUGAUUUUCUUCUUAUCAACUAUAGAACAUAAUUUAUUCCUUAUUACAUUCUGAUGAUUUCUUUUUUGAUUAAUGAUAAUUUUAACUAUACAAUUUAUAAAAAAUUGUGUAAUUCACUUAAAAUUACAGCUUGAAAAUUUGAAAUUUUUUUUUGUAAAAUAAAAUAAAUAGGUAUUAUUACUCCUUUAUAAAUAAAAAUAAUAAAUAGUUAUACACUUGAAAAAAAAAAUAAAUUGUCUAGUCCAGCCUAAUAUACAUGUGUUAACAGGUUAGAUAUAUUGUAUUGAAUUUAAACUCAACUUACAAACUAAAAUAGAAAAUUUGACAUUAUUUCUUACAAUCAAUUGCUUAAUGGCAUUUCUAAUUUCUUAAAAUAAUUUUUUUUUUCUCAACUCUCACUGAAAACUAUUGAUUUUUGAUUCCUUAAAUCAACAUUAUUCUAAAUCAGUGGUUCUUAAACUUAUUGUUGUCACGGGUCAGCAGAGGACUUAUUAAGUAGGACUAUGGAUCAUUUAGGGUUUUAGCUCAAAAAAUCAAAAACUUUUUCCUUUUUUCUUAGUUCUGAUCGCAGAACAACUGCAUGCAUUAGUAAAUGAGAAUGCUCAGAUCCCAUUUUGUGACGUAAAAUUGAAAAUAAUCUAGAAUUUAAGGGAUAACUUUUAAUAAAAUAAACAAUUUUUACAGUUUCAAUCGAUACUUCAUUCAAAUCUAGUAAAAUUUUUUCUCAAUUAAAUGUUGUCUAUGUUUAAUACAAUGUAUAUGAAUAAAAUCUUUAUUUGUUACAUGUUUAAUUUUUGAAACUACUAUUAUUUCCAGUCAUAUUUGCUGCACCAUCAGUGCAAAGGAUACACAAUUUUCCCAAUUUAGGUGAACAUUUUGUAUGUACGCAUUUUAUUGUUUAAAUACUUCAUUCUCUAUCACAGGUAAUUCACCACAACAUAAUAAAUCUUCACACAAUUCUGAUGUAUGAUAAUCAAUAAAAUGGAUGUAAAAUAAUGGAAUAGCUUUUUGGGAUAUAUCAGUUAUUUCAUUAAAGAAAUGAUUUUGGUAAUUUAAUUUAAUUUAUAACUUAUUCUUCAAUGUCCUCAGAAAGAUCAUUUAUUCUUCUAGAAAUUGCGUCAUUAGAUUACCUAUAGUUAAAUCAAUAAUUUUUUUAGCAGCAGAAGGCCCUAAAAGCUCAUUGGUAACAUUAAGUAAAUAAGGUUUUAUUAAACUUUCUCCGAUAUAUAUCGUUUUUGGAUUAAGCUACACGAAAUGCUACCAUAAAAAAAUGCUUUAAGUAAUGAGUAAUCUACCUAAGAAGUGUUAAACAUGAAUUUGUUUUAGACAGUCUAUUCUUUGAUUUUUCUAAUAAACAAAAUGUAUAAGUUUGUUAAUAAAUUCCUUAUGCUUUGUUUCUAAGUGAUAAAUAAGCCUAACAGAUUAUGACACUUCGUUAAACAAAAUAACAUAACCUACACAUUGUGGUUUGGUAACGUCAUUAGAGCCAGAAGAAAAACAAUAUAUAAAUAAAUAUUUAAUAUAAUCAUCAUUAUAAUUGCAAAUAAAUAUAUAUUUUUUUUUUUGAUGCAGUGACACAAUGUUAUUAUCCGAAACUGACUUAAAGCUUAUUUCUAAAUGUUGAUUUGUAUCUAUGGAAACUUCAUUAUUUUUUCUUUUAUACAAAUUAUAGAAAUUAAUUUGUGCAUUUAUUUAUUUUAAGAAAAAAAUAUUUCUUUCAGGGUAUAUCCAACAUAUAAUUUUUCUUGUGCAGUUGUGGAUAGUCUUGAAAGAAUUACACAUUGUUUACGUACAACAGAUUACGCAGACCAUAAUGAGCCAUAUUAUUGGUUUUACGAUAAAUUAAAACUUGGAAAAUGGUAUAAUGAAACAAGGCCUUACAUAUUAUCAUAUUCAAGACUAAAUAUGACUAAUACUGUUCUUUCAAAAGAAAAGCUCACUUGGUUUGUUGAACAAGGGCUCGUUGAUGGAUGGUAAGAAAAAUGUAUUAUAAUUAAAAAUUUAUAUAUAACUAUUAAAUAUACAUAUUAUUUAUUACAGUUUAAAAUUAAUAAAUUUAAAUAAAUAGUUUAAUAAAACUUUCAUAAGUAACUAAAAAUUACUACGCUUUUUAUUGUACAUUAAUUAUUGUAAUAACUUGUGGUAGGUAUUAAUUUCUAAAUACUAAAUACGGGUUGAACAUGACUUAACAUAGUCACAAAAUUAUAUUAAUAACAUACUAGAAAUUCGUUGGUAUAAACCGGUGUACCGGUUUACUAACACUUGAAUACCGAUUAUUUUACCCCAGUAUAGAUAUUCGACGAUGGAAAUUGGUUUAUACCCACCAUUAUCCAAAAUUAACAAUGAUAAUACUAUCAAUUAAAUAUUAAUCAAUUAUUUAAAUUAUUAGUUUAUCAUAUUUCCUAUUUCCCGCUAAUAAGUACUUAAUAAAAGUUUAUAUGAAUAGGAAUUAAUUGUUAUCAAUUAAAUUAUUAUUGUUAUCCUUUUUUUUUUAAAUUUAUUAUUUCGAGGGAAUAAAACCGGUUUUAAUAGUUUGCACCAUAUGCAUAUGGUGCAGAUAAAUUGAACGAGUGUCGUUAAUUUCUCCAAAAAAUUUCUCAAAUUCACACCGGUUUGAUUUUCAAGGAUAAAUUUACUCUUGUUUGUACCAAAGAAUUUCUGUAUCUAAUAAUUUUGAUUGGAAAGGCACAAAAGUUUUAUAUUUAGUUUAUUAAUAGUUUUUCUCAUUAUUUUCUUAAGUUUACUCACAUUCACCAAAAUGUAUAAUAUAAUAAAUGAUUAUUUUAACAUAAAAUACAAUUAUCAUUAUGGUAACGGUCUAGAGAUUUUAGGUUAAAGUGUUGAUCAAUCUGAAAUGAUAAACAUUUUUUUGGUUAUCAGUUUUAAGAGAACUGCCAUUUGUGCUCAAGUACUUAGGAUUUCCAUUUUGUAAUAAUUUAUCAUUAUGACAGUUUAAGUAUCUAAUAUAUAUUUUUUUUUAAGGAACGAUCCUCGUAUGCCUACUGUUCGUGGUUUGUUUAGAAGAGGAUUGAAAAGGAAAGCUUUUCAUAAAUUUGUAGUUUUACAAGGAUCUUCUCAAAAAGUUAGACCACUUCUACAAUGGGAUACCAUUUGGUCGAUAAAUCAAAUGAUAAUAGACAAUAAAACAUCCAAGCAUACUGCAUUAUUGAGAGCCAAUUCAACUAAUAAAAACUUAAUAUUUUCAAAUAAUCCAGUUGAAGUUUUAUUGAAUAAUGUCGAAAAACCGUAUAGACUAACCAAUGCACUACAGCAUCCGAAAAAUGUUAACUUACUGUUUUUAUGGGGCUCACCCAAAAUUAUUAUUGAUUAUCGUGAUGCGGAGUUACUAGAAGUUGGUGGACGAGUUACAUUAAUUAAUUGGGGAACCAUUUUAAUUGACCUGAUUGAAAUGUAAUUAUUUUUUUAUUCAAAUUAUUAUUUUAAUGAUAAAGGCAUUGAUAUACAUGUCGUAGGCAUAUAGUUAAAUUAGGCAUUUUACUGAUUGCCUGGGCAAAUAGUCAACAAAUUUAAUUGUUAUGAGAUUUUACUAUUCAUCCAGACAUUUAGUUAAAUACUAAGUAAUUUUAUUAAAUGUCUAGAUGUUUAACUAAAAGUCUAUUUUAAGUUAAGCAAAUAAUAAAAAUAAAACAUUUUUAUAUUAUUUUAAAAACUAAACUAAAUUUUCACAUUAAUAUUAUUUAAUCCAAGAAUAUAAAAAUAAUAGUUCCACAGUUUUUUUUAGUUUUGAAAUGUAUUAUUUUAUUAUAUCUUAUCUAUAUUGAACACCAGACAAAUUAUAAUUUUCUCAUUAACGCCAAAAUAUGACUUCACUGAUAAAAUACAGAACAUAAUUGAAUUACAUGUGUACUAUGUAUGCAAUUGUAAUAAUGUGACCGGCCUAUUUUCUUGUAUAUUUUAAAUUUUAAUACAUUUUUGAAAAAAUAUUCCAAUAUGAAUAAUAUCUGCUACCAAGUUCACUAAAUCAUAACAGUUGGUGUAAUCAAAAAUCGGUGUUUCGGAGAAGAAAUUAAAUCUAGUUUCAAAUAAUGGUUUAGAAGAUAAUAGAAUACCCAAAGAUAAAUUUGUAUCCAUACGUGAAGCUGUAGCAAACUAAGAAAAUAUAGUUUAGUUUUUAAAAUGAGAUGAUAAAUAUCAUUUCUAUUACUUGCCCGACUUGAAAUAGGCAUUUAGACGUUUAACUUAAUGUCUAGGCAGAUAAUAAAAUUAUAUAAAAAUUAUAACUAUUUGCCUAGACAAUUGGUAAAAUGCCUGAUUUGGCUAUACACCUAUGACAUACAUAUACUGUACACCCUUGUAAAAGAACCUCUUACAGUAAAUAAUUGAGUAUUUAUAUGUUUAUAGGAAUCCUGAUAGUGAUAAAAUAGAGAAAGUACAUGCAAAAUUUGAUUUUGAAAAUAUAGAUUUAAAACCCACAUUUAAAAUAACUUGGUUGCCAAUUAUUAGUACAGUAGAUUCAGAUCAAAUUUUACCUAGUCUGAUACCAGUAGUUUGUGUGUAUUUUGAUCAUCUGAUCAAUAAACCAAAUUUAACAAAGGAUGAUGAUUUCAAACAAUUUAUAACAGAAACCAGUCGUCGUGAAUUUCAAAUGUGGGGUAGUUAUGAACUAAAAUUUAUUGGAAAAGGGCGAAUUAUUCAAUUACAACGUAAAGGCUAUUUCAUAUGUGAUUCAUCAUACCAACCAUACAGGCAAGUUCUAAUAAAUAUGAAAAUUUUCAAGAUACAUUAACAGAAUAAAAUAUUCAUUGUAGCACGCUUACUGGGAAAGAAGUUCCUUUAGUAUUGUUUCAUAUACCCGAUGAAUCUGAAACAUCAGGAAUACCAAUAACCAGUGCUGAUAUGACAUUCACAUCGAAUGCAACUGAGGUAAUUUAUAUCAAUUUAAUAAUCAUUAAUUGAUAAUUUAUGUAUAAUCACUCUUGAAAAUAUUUUUUUCAUUUUUAUUCACAAAACAAGUUAUUUCAUAUGUAAAGGUGGGUUUUCGAAAUUUGUUUAGUUUUUUAAAUUAUUAGUUUAAAUUUACAAACAAUUUUUUUUUUUUUAUUUUAUUAGAAUUAUUGUUUUAGCACACAUUUUAUCUAAGCCUAUACUUUUAGUCGGUGUUGCUAUAAAUAUAAGCUAAUUAAAAUUUAAAUUAUAUAGGUUUAAUAUAGAUAUAAUAUAGGUUAAUUUUAGUUAUGAUUUGAUUUUUUAAGAACAGAGUUUCAUCAAUUAUUAUCUUUCCAUUUCAUAUUUCUGGGUUCUUCUACAGUGCAUGAUUAUAUGUUCUAAUUUUGUAUUACAAUAAUUUAUUAAAAUGUUCAUUUGAUACAUAGAUCUUUACUAAUAGAUGGAAUAGGUAUAUAAGACCACCAGUGGUGUUGGGUAAGUAAUGUGAUCAAGGCAAUUUGUGUUUUAGUGACACCAUGUCAAAAUGUAUAGGCAGUGUUGAAUCCAGACAAUUUUUCUGGGGAAAGGGGGCAUUACUUAAAUUAUAGUUAUAACCUUUUUUUUGCUAUCUACCUUCUUAAUUUAUCCAAAUUUAACAGAGGGGCAAAUGAAAUUCCUGGGGGCUCUCGCCCCCUCUGUCAUAUACCUGGAUUCAACAACUAAACUAGAAUUUGUAAAAAUUAAUACCUAUCUUAUUAUAAAUACAAAUAAGCAAAUAAAAAUUGUAUACACAUAUAAGCUUAAUAAAACUAUACAUAAAUAAAUCAAUAACCAUUUUUUUUCUAUUAUUAAAAAUGUAUUACAAUUUUUUUGAUGAGCCUAUUUAGUUCAAAGUUCAGAAAUUAAUGUUUGACUUCAAUUGAUCCUUAAUUAUAAGUAAUUAGUACAUUACUUAUUUCUAAAAUACAAAUUUGAUAACAGUUAUGAAAAAUUGUAAAAAUAAAUGAGAUUCUAAAUUUCUAUAUUAAAUAUAAGAACACAGACACAUGUGUAUUUUUAAGAUUAAACAUUUAGUACAGCGGUUUCUAACCUUUUUAGUUUCGCGGACCACUAAUUUUGUAAAAAAAUAUUUGAGGCCCACCCAUAGCAUACCUAUAUACGUUUUCAUAAAAUUAUAAUAUAUAAUAUAUAUUAUAUACAUGUAUAUAUAGUUAUUAGGAAUAAAAAAUUUUAAAAAUUAAAAAAAAACAAUUGUUAUUAAAAANAGUCUUAAAUCACUCUCAACAUUCAGUUUAUUCCUAUAUUUAUUUUUUAAAUAAAUUAAAGUAGAAAAAGCACGUUCACAUAAAUAAGUUGUCGAAAAGCCCAUCAAGUUUCUCAGUGCAAUUUUAGCGAUUGCUGGAUAGUCUUUCCGAACAUUUAACCACAAUGGCACUAAUUGUACACUAUAGUUAAAAUUGAUUAAAUAUUAUUAUGAUUAGAAAUAUAACAAAAAAUAUAUAAUAACAUUAUUUUAAAUAUAUAUAAUAUUUAAUAUUAUACCUAUGGCUCGCGGCCCAGUACCAUGCUGCUCGCGCCCCACAAGUGGGCCGCGGCCCAUGGGUUGGGAACCGCUGAUUUAGUAGAUAGCUUUGAAAAAUAAUUCCUUUGAUUAAUGAAUAAGAAAAUAGUACCUAUUCAAAACCAUGGAGGUAUUUAUGAAUUCAAAUGUUAUUAUGUGAUAAACAAACAUAAUAAUAAUAAUGGGUAAUUUUAUGUAAUUUUCUACUAUGCCAUGAAAGGUCUUAAUGAUAUUUUUUUAUAAAUUUAGGUUGAUGAAGUGGAUGAAAUCAAAAUGGAUUUCGAAAAUGUUAUAAAUGACACACAAUUCCAACUAAGUGAUAUGUCUAUAUCACGAUCAUCAAGUAUAGAAUCAUUUAUAAUGGUACAUUCCUGUGAUUGUCAAGAUUAA